CACAUUAAAAAUUGAGUUUCCUCUGUUAGCGUUAACUCGAAGUUGCAGUUCCCGCCCCUUGCCCUCUGACAUGGGACGUACUGAACGUGCUGGAAAGAUGGCGGCGUUUGUGCUAUCCUGGGAACUUGUUUAACUUACGAGAUAAAAAAAGAGCUGUUGCACUCUAUUCAUAGGCAACAUAAACAAAUAUAUAUAUAUAUAUUACACAUUUUGGUCACAGGAAGUAAAAUCUGGUAAAAACAAACAAAAAAAGAAACACCCAUAUAUGCUGAGAAAAAAAAUACUUAGAUACCACCUGUCUGACUGUACUGUCAGAGCGAGAUCGGGGGUGUGGGACUGGAACUGACCUUGUCUAGUUACUGGUGGGUUUAGUCUGUUAUACUGCUAGUGAAGGAAAAAAAAAGGCUGGAAUGUUACAUUUUCUAUUGUAUGAGUAUAACUACUACUUUUAGAUAAACAGCAUUUGAAUAGGAUAGUGUUGCCAGCCACUCCCUAUUUGAUUAUGUUAAUUUUAUUCUGAUUAUUUGAUUGUGGAUAUGUCUUGCUUCAUGUGUACGGGCUGACGUGAGUGAGGCUCUAAAUUACGCCUGAGCUAGAAGAUUUGACUACCGGUAAACCCUUUAGGAAUAUUAAUAAUAAUAAUAAUAAUAAUAAUAAUUAAAAAACAAAUAAACAAAAUCAGAUGAAUUAGUUUAGAAGAGCAGUGUGUAAGCAUGACCUACCGUAAAUUAUUCAAUUAUGUGUGCGUUGCAAGACCAGCUGUCUCUGUUUUAAAGUGGAAGGACAAUGUCUUUCUUUCUGUACCUCUGGUGCUUGGAGUUCGCUAUGUUUUUACAAAUAGCUCUGAAGGUAAUGCUGGAUUUAAACCUGCGAAAGUAGCUGUGGUAACAAAAACAACCAGAUGUGAGUUUGAACAACAGAGAUACAGGUAUUCUGGGCUUUCUGAACAGGAUCUGAAGCAACUGCUCGCAAUGAAAGGCUCAAGCUACAGUGGACUGUUGGAGCGCCACAGUAUCCACACUAAGAAUGUGGAGCACAUUGUUGACAGUCUACGAAAGGAGGGGAUUGAGGUCCGACUGGUGAAAAGAGGGGAAUACAAUGAAGAGAUUGUCCAGUGGGCUGAUGCCAUUGUAUCUGCCGGUGGUGACGGCACCAUGCUGCUGGUGGCCAGCAAAGUUACGGACCGCUUUAAACCAGUUGUGGGAGUGAACACCGACCCAGAAAGAUCUGAGGGGCAUCUGUGCUUGCCCGUGCGCUACACAAGUUCCUUUCCAGAAGCCCUGCAGAAACUUCAGCGAGGAGAAUUCAGGUGGCAGUGGCGUCACAGGAGCCGGAUUUACCUGGAAGGAACUGGAAUAAACUUGACCCCCGUGGAUCUGCAUGAGCAGCAAAUGAGCCUUGAGCAGCACAGCAAGGCACACAGGAUCAGCAUGAACUCUAACCACAAGUCAGGGGAGACUUCUGGACCACACCUUCUCCCUGUUAGAGCCUUGAAUGAGGUCUUUAUUGGGGAGUCGCUGUCUUCCAGGGCGAACUAUAAAUCCUACAAACCCCGUUUCACAUUCUCGCUUCAUAGGGCCUCGUAUUACGAGAUCUCAGUGGAUGAUGGACCCUGGGAAAAGCAGAAGAGCUCUGGGGUCAAUGUGUGCACUGGAACAGGAUCCAAAGCCUGGUCCUGCAACAUUAACAAACUUGCAUUCCAAGCAGUGGAAGAUGUUCUUAAAAUGGGCAACAAGCUAGCCGGGUUGAAUCUUACUUUGGACAAGGAGCAAAUCGAAAAAGUUACAGAGGAGUACAAUGAGUCCCUGGUGUUUAAUCCUGAAGAGCCCAAGAUGUUAUUCAGCGUGAGGGAACCAAUUGUUAAUCGAGUCUUCUCAAGCAGUCGGCAGCGUGGCUUCACUACAAAGGUCUGUGUCCGCUCUCGCUGCUGGGAUGCCUGUAUGGUUGUGGACGGAGGGACGUCCUUCGAGUUCAAUGACGGGGCGCUAGCCACCGUACAAAUGAAUGAGGACGAUGCUCUUCUCACUGUUGUACUUGAAUAGAAACUGCUGUGCCUCCAAACACAUCAGUAUCACAAGGAUCACACGCUUAGGGCUCUUGCAUAACAUGGAGCAAUGCUGUCGUGUCACCCACUCUGAGGACUGUGGAGAGUCUAGGCUAGAAGCCAGUGGAGUAAAGAAAAUAAAGCAAAAGGGGAGGAAUGACACUAUCCACUUUACACUAAACAUUAUUUUUAUAGGGUUGGUUUGAGAUUAUCAUUUGGAUAUGGAACUUCAGUCCAACAGGGAAGGUGUUACUUGGUUUGUAUAGUAUAUAUUUCAUGUGAAUAGCACCUCUACUAUGCAGUUCCAUUUUGUGGAAGUCAGCAAUUAAUUUUCAGGACUAGCUAAUGCUGUCUUAGGUAUCUUGGGUCAUGCAAUCCAAGUUGAAUGCUAAUCAGGUUCUGUGAAACCAGAUGUUUAUGUUCUGGUUGACACUUAUUUAUCCGUUUUGCUACCCUGCUGAGCCGUAUAACUCCAAACACGCCCUUGACUUGCAGAGCUGGCCAGUAGGUUCAACCUUAUUAGCAUUAAUCUACAUAGAAAAACUGUUGUCCUGAAGUGCAGAAAAUAUAUAUUUUUAACUAAUAAAUGACUCAAUAAUAGAUUGAUAUAUUUUCAACUGUAGCUUAGGUAUGGUAAACUUUGUUUUCUUUUUUUAUUGUUUGUGGAAGUGUAACUCUGCUUUAGUGAAAUAUUACUAUAUAUAAUAUAUAUAUACACACACACACUCACAGUAGAUGCGGGUUAUUAGCAACCCUGAUAAAGACAACUUUCAGUUAUUAACAGCAUUUUCCCAGGAACCAAUCCCGUCCCAUAACUUUAAUGUUAAUGGAAUUCUGAUAUUGGCAACUGCAUGCCGCUUAUUGACAACUUUAAUACUAGUUGCCAGUGCUACUGGGUGCUCUUGCAUGAUUUAUGCGCAUACUUCACGCAGCUUUUGUAACGCACUGACUUCACAAGAGCCACAGAAUCGUGGCUUUGAAACUGGCUACGAAGCUGCACGCAAAAUUGAAGUGGAUUUACAGCGGGAGGUGGUACAUUGUAAAAAGCAGACAACGUUGGACAAUUUCUUAUUUUAAAAUUGUGUUCUUUAGAAUUGUGUAAGUACAACACAUUUUUUUGUGUUUGCUUUACUCAUUGUAAGGACAAUUGUAGUACAUCGUUGUGUUGUACUAUUUAAGCCUACACAUAUGAAGUAAACAGUUCUAUGUUUGGGUAUUUCAUGUUUCUCAUGUUUAAUUUUUUUUAACACUGUCAUUUAAAACACAUGUAUUUCAGUGCCAUAUUUGUACAACUACAGUAUAUAUCGUUCCAUAUAAAUACACUUGAAAACGGGGGCUUCUCACUUAUUGGCAACUUUCGGUUAAUGACAACGUUUUGCUGGGAACCGAGAGGUUGUUAAUAACCAGCAUCUACUGUAUGUAUAUAAUCACAAUGUAAAAGCUUUUUGGUGAUUUAAUUACAUAAAUUUGAGAGCAUACUGCACAAAGCAGAGUGAAAUACAGCGACGAUGUUUGGAAAUGGUGAAGAGGUUGAAACAUUCACAUUCAUGUUUCAAUGUAUUAAGUGAUUCUCAAGUAAUCUAUAUCCAGUGUUUCAAUCUUCACAAAAUAAGAAAUAAGUAUUAUUGUUGUUCUUCUUGUAGUUAAGACCUUGGUGUUGGUUAGUAGGGAGGUCAUUUGUAUUAUCCGCCAAAGAAAAAAAAAGUAACAGCUACCAAGAGCUUGAUGUGUUGGAUGGGUCUCCUUAUGGAUUCAGUUCAAUUUAUCACUGCUUAACCAGGAUGUGAAAGCCCUUUGAAAUCUGCAAUCAUCACUAGAAAACAUGGUAACCCAAAUGAUGUUUGCAGUGCAGGAUUAAUAAAGAUUUACUGCCAGCAUGUUAUGGCUGAUACUACUAUACAUCAUAAUUCAUUAGAUUAAAAUAAAUACUUUCCAGUGAUUAUACACUAUAGUGGUGACCAGCAGAAAAUGACAAAGAAGGAAGGAAUCAAUCGACAUUGAAGAAAGGGCUUUAGUUUUGUGGGAUUUUAUUUUUCCAGAAUAUGCUUGACUGGUUAUUGCUGUGCUUACUGUGUUGUCACUAUGGGUUCCUAAAACUGUGCUAUGUUUCUCUUAAAGAUUAUUAUUUUUCAGGUCAAAAUGUCAUUAUUUAUUAAAAAUAAAAAUAAGUAAUAAUUUAAAUGAAAUUAAAAUAACAUAAAUGUCCAUGAAUAACAGUAUGUAGUGGGAAAUUAAUUUUAAAAGGUAAUUUAUGGGUUUAUUACCUGGUUGCUGACCAUGCUUCCUAGUAUGGACAAAGUUACCAAAGUAAUGCGAUUAGAAACCUGUAAACAAGGCCUUUAUUGAGAUUUUAAACAUUUCAAGAUUUACAGAUUUCUUUACUGUUUCAAUGCUUUUCUUUCGUUUCUUCACAUUGUAUCAGAAUGUUCCAGUUAUCUACUGUAAGGGAGUACUUGCUAAUACAGCUCUGUUUGGUGGAAAAAUGUGCUUAACGUUUUUAAACCCCAACAUUUGUACAAUGAUUAAAGGAAUAUUUGCUAGCA